AUGGCCACCAGACUUGCCCCAGCUAUCUCGCUUCGAGCGGGUUCAGAUUUUGAAAACCGCAAAGAGGAAAUCACUCGUCAGCUUGUCGAUGCCGCAGAGAACACUGGUUUCUUCACACUCGUUGAUCAUGCGCUUUCAGUUGAGGAGAUUGAGGCCCAGUUUGCCAUAUCCAAGAGUUUCUUUGCACUCCCAUCCGAGGUGAAGCGCAAGACGAAACACGACCCCAAGACUGCUCUUGGUUAUGAGAACAAGGCAAGUCGUUCAUUCGCUCUUCAAGAUGGAGAAGACGGUUUGGAGGUGCUCCCUGGCCGUGAAACACAUACGAGCAAGAUCGGGGGUGGAGAGUUCUUCCCUAUUCCUGCCAAGACUGGACCUAUUGUUGUCAACAUCGGUGACAUGCUGAUGGCCUGGUCGGACGAUCGCUUCAAAGCCAACUAUCAUCGGGUGAGGGCUAAGACUGUAGGGUUCUCCCCAGAUCGCUACUCCAUGGGCUAUUUCAACAUGGGCCGCGAGAACUUCGUUUUCCAGGGCCCUCAAAAGAAAUAUCAGUACAACAGUCAAGGAACCAAGGUGCAGGAGGUUGAAGAGGCAAAGCUGGUGUCUGUCGCGGCCUGA